AUUCCCGGUGCCCCCCCCCCACCACGGUUCGGAGCCCCCCCCCCCCCCCCGGGACCGGAGAACCGGCCAUUUCUCAAGCCAGAGAGCACAUCUGCCUUUGUUCUGAAGGCGGCAGGGUGAACGCUCCCUAACCAGUGUUCUCGCGUGCUGGGGCCUAGAGCCGAUGGCAGACAAUGUCAACAACUAACAACAUAGCCCAGGCCCGCAAGCUGGUGGAGCAGCUCCGCAUCGAGGCCGGCAUCGAGAGGAUCAAGGUCUCCAAAGCAUCCUCCGAGCUCAUGAAUUACUGCGAGCAACAUGCCAGGAAUGACCCGCUGCUGGUUGGGGUGCCCGCCUCGGAGAAUCCCUUUAAGGACAAAAAGCCUUGUAUCAUCCUAUAGCUUCCCUCGCCCGGGCGCGUGCCAUCUCUCCGGCAGGGCAGCACCGUUCCGUACCACCUGAAAAACCCAAGCCACAAAACCUAAAACCGCGCCGAGGGGUAAACACUAACGUCGGAUUCACGUAGAACUUAAAUCUCAAACAAUUGCGAGUGCUUUAGAGACGGGUGGCUGCUCCUUGGGCAGGUGCCGCACUGAGAGGGGUCAAAAUUUAAAAAAACAAACAAAAAAAAAACAAAAAACGGGGUUUGGGGGUUUGGGGAGGGGGUGUGGGGGGGUGUUUUUAAUAGGGAGAUUCCAAAUUGGUACCGGGGUGCUGGAGGAAGCGGGGUUUUUAUUGCGUUUGCCAACGGGAUGCAAGGGGGUACCGGGACCUCGCCGUUAGGGGCGUUGAACCAAGGUCUGGGUGGGUCUGACCUGAUUAGUUCCCAAUUAGCACGUCGUCGUUUCAGCCUGCGGGCUCCGUUUCUGGAGAGGGAACGAGGGAGAGGAGUCCAGGCGGGUGGCGAUUUCCUAGAAAACUAGUACAAAAAACGAAACAACCCACCCCAAAUCACAACUCGAAAAAAUUGCUGUUGCAAAUGAGUAAAUUGAGCGCCGGGGAGGGGGCACGGAGGCAGCAGGGGGGGUCCCCGUCCCGCACGGCGCGGGGAGCCCUGAGAGCUGGUGGCUCACGGUGGGGAGCUCCCAGCAUGGGAACCACCGGGUUUGGGCACCUCUGAUCUCCUCGGGGUUUUGGGUUCUCUGUGGGGUUACCGCUGUUUUUUCCCAAACAGGACUCUGCUGGGGGCGGGGGGAGGGAAGGGGCUUUCUGCAGCGCAGCACCACGCGAGAAACCUUUGGAAACGGCCUUUUGGAGAUUCUGGAUCCCAAACACUACAGCUGGCAGAUUCACCAGUGCUCCCCAGCGCCCUUGCUCUUACCGAGAGCGGGAAGUGGAAAAAGUGGAAACCCUUCCCCCCGGCCCCGCUAGCUCGGGGGGAUGAGGGUCAGGCUGUCGGGCAGUCGGGCAGCUCCCAGCCCUUGGCCAUCUCACCACGCUGUGUGAAGGGAGGAGGCGGCUCGGCACGGCUCGGCACGGCGUGCGGGGAGGAGCGGGGACGCGGCGAGCAGCCCCCCUGGCACUCGGGGACAGGUCAGAGCUCAGGGAAGUCCCCACCGCAUCCCACAGCCACCUCGCUCCCCGCAGUCACGGUGCCGUGGUUUAUCCAAGCCCAGCCUGUUUGUGUGGGGCAGAGCCUGGGGGUCUGUGGUGAGGAGGAGGAGGAGGAGGAGGAGGAGGAAGGCUGAUGCUCCUCGUGGUAGGCAGAGGCCCCGUUGGGUUUCCUAACCACGACACUGGUACCCAUUCCCAGCUCAAGUGAGUGCAGGCACCCGAUUCUGUGGUCUAAAAUAGUUUCAGAGGCUGUUUGGGGAAGAGAAGGACAAAAAAAAAAAAAACCACACCUGAUGUGAAAGGCUGGGAGCUUCCCUGUUCCCCCAGGGAUUUUUUGGGCACGGGGUCCCCGCGCUGGUGCAGGCUGGCGAGGCGAAGGCAGGGGGGAGAGGAACGGGGUCGGUGACCAGGGGGGGCCCCAGGAGGCUGCGGUGGCGGAGAUGCUCCAUUCACACUUCUUGGUUGCAGGUAUCACCCUCGCUUUUUGAAGUGCGUGAUCACUCGCAUUUUUAAACGAAGUUGGGGUAAAAAAAAAGGACAAAACGCGUUUUUAACACUACCCCCAACCGCAGCACCUCCCGUGUUCGUCCUGCAGCCGUUUCCCUGGGGUUUUGUGCUGAACUGAGAACUCCAACACCACCCCCCCCCGUCUUCCCCGCGUCCCACGGGUCCUCCCCAUCCCACCGUGAGCUGCACCCGGGGGAAUUUCAUUCAUUUCCCUUUGGGAAUUCGUUUCCCUCCCGGCCCCGCUCGCACCCCCAGCCCGGUGCCGUGCUCGUGCUGCGUCCCACCGCGCGCCCACAGCUCCGCGCCGGGCACCGGCCACCAGCAGCGAGGUGACCCCGAGGGCGGCUCCCCGGCACGGCCACGGGCAAAGCCUUUUUUUAAUUUCCAUCUCAUCCAGCAUCACGUCAAGCUCCCGAACGCCGCAUCCGUAGCGGGAAGCGAGCACUGUCCCGAGGGUUUCGCCGCAGCAGGGCUUUCUCUUCUCCAGGAGGGAAUUUCCUCUGUCCUUAAUCUCGUACAGUUCCAGCCUUAUUUUUCUACUCCAGAUCGCUGAUUCUUCCUCUAUGUUAGAGACCAGAGCUUGGUGCUAUAGCCGGUGGGCCAGGCCAGCGCCCGAGCUGCAGGGCAGCGACACAGCCCCGCGUCCCGUCCCCAGGGGAGCGCAGGCGUUCGGGCACGGCUGCUCCGUGCCCAAACCUGGCCCCGGGGUGCUCCCCCGCACCCCAAAACCCAGCGGGAGCGAGCCCUGCGCCCAGACCCCUCCGCACCCACCCCAUGCCACCCGGACCGGCUGCUGGGUGCUCUGCCGGCGGGUCCUGGCAGCGGGUUGGGGUCGGGGAGCGUCCCCCCCCCCUCCCCGGUGUCGCACCCCCGGUGGGCACGCGUGGCCCAUGCGGAAGCCGUGGUCCUGGCCAAAUCCUGCGCUCUGGGGCAGGCGGGGGGCUCGGGUCUGGUGCACGGCUGGGGAUGGGAAAUGGCUUCGGAGCUGGGGGGGCCUGCCUGCACCCAGCCCACAGCCAGCUCCUGUCCCUCCUGGGGGGGGGAAACAGGGACGGGGUGCCCAGGCCAGGCUCCCUGCUGGUGCCGUGCGCGGAGGGACGGAGGCUGUGGGGGCCCGGCCUCGCUGGCGGCUGCAGUCGGAGGCUCGCGAGGGGGGAAAAUCCUCAACCUUUUUUUUUUUUUUUUUUCCAAUUUUUUCUUUUUUUUAAUGUUUUUUUUUUUUUUUUUCUCCUCGUCUGAGUAAAUCGGUGAUCAUACUGUAGAUGUUUUUGUAUAGCAUAAAUAUAAGUGCAAAUUACGGUAGUUGCUUGUACUUUGUUAGUGCAUUUGCCAAAAAAGAAAAAAAAGAAAAAAAAUGUUAAAAAGAAAAAAAAAAAAAAGACACUUUUCAGGACUUUUUAAGUGCUCCAGAAUGCUAAGGGGGGGGGCGAGGAGGUGGUUGGUGCCUCUUUUGUGCUGCUGCUCAGGCGUCGGGCAGCCAGUGCCAGCUCAGCGCCGGCUCCACAAAGGCCUUUUUUUGGAUGUAAACACAUGCCCAAAUCUGCCUGAAGUUUUCUUUUUAGCAUGUGGUGAAGCUGCUGCCAAAAAUAGAAAGGAGAGGGACCGGAGAAUAAAAGGGAGAGAGGAAACGUAGCUUCUAUUUAAUUUUUUUAAACCGGUCCCGUUUUCCUCGCCCUCCCCUCCCUGUCUCGGGGACCUUCCCGGGGGUGCAGCCUCGAGCCCUGCACGGUGCCUGCAUGGCCCCACAGCUCCCAGGCGGCUUGGUGCUGGUAACAAGUGCUGGUACUGGUGCCUGUACUGGUGCUCGUACUGGUGCUGGUGCUGGUACUGGUGCCAGAGCCAGGCACAGUUUGGUGCCGAGCAGCCUGGCCGCAGAUCGCAGAGCUCGGGGCUGGCCCCACGGCGCCGCCGUCCCCAAAAAUCGGCACCUUUGGUGCCCCCAGCAGAGCCCUCUUCCUCCGAGUACUUAAAAAGUCACCUUUAUUUAACAAAAAGUGAAAAUAACGCAUUUACUUCAUCGAGAAGAAGCCACGCGUCUGAUACUUUGCGCUCUUUAAUUUUUCUCUCUGGUCUAUUAUUAUUAUUAUUAUUUGCCAAAUUCUGAUAUUGUUGCCAAACGCGAAUCAAGGUUUGUAAAGACUGUACUUAGGAAGUAAUCGGUGUAUGUAACGUAGGCUCCUCAUAACGUCUGCAUUUUUGGAUCUCUGAUUUUUAUUUCUGGUGUGCCAUAGACCAAUUUCUUGCACAGUGUUUAAUAUUUCGUGGAAUUGUUGUUAAGAAGUGAAUUGAUAACACAAUAAAAAGGCUCACUUUUCAUUUUG